AUGAAUGCCAACUCGGCGUCUGUCAUCAGUGAGGAUGAAAUCAAGGAUCUUGUGGCCAGACUGGAGGCCAAACUCCGAAAUAGCGAUCCAGAAACCCGUGUCACACCCCGAGAACUUGCGGCCUACAAGCGCAACUUCGAUGCCCGAGUUGAACGCAGAACGAGAGGUCAGGAUUAUCUCGACGACGCCAAAGCGAACAUGGAAGACCGCCUUGACGCGAUGAGAGCUAUUCACAACACCAUCGAUACCCACGAGGACUUCAUCCCCAUGUACAAGUCCGACAAACGCACCCUACGAUCUGCGCGUUUACGCGAGAAGCGAGAUGUGCUCUACUCGCUUCUGCAGUCUGUGGGUGGUGAUGGACUAAAGUACCUGGGUUGGUGGUCUCAUGAAACCACAUUGCCAUACGAAGAGGAAACCUGGGCUGGAAAUCCCACGCAGAGAGAUUUGGCUCUCAAGCGCGACGGCUUCAGAUGCGUUCUGACCCUCAAGCAGAUCUACCAAGUUUGUCGCAUUGUCCCUGCCUGGAGCCUCUCCCGGCGACUCGAAAUCCAGUACAAGGUUCUGGGACCCCUUCGAGCCAUCUUGGGCGACGACUUUCACGGCAAACUGUGCGCUUUGCUGGAACCUGGCGCACAUGAUCUCCUUGACUCGCCUGCCAACAUGGUCACGAUGAGCCCUUCCUUGCGCAAGAUGUGGAACGAAGGCAAAUUCGGUCUUGAACCCCUACGCUACGUGGACAAAUGGGUCGCGAUGAAGCCGGGCAAAGAAAGCAACUUGGGAAGAGCCGCAGGCAGCAGCAAGGACACCAAGGAGUCGAAGGAGACGAAGGAUACCAAGAAUACCAAGGACGGCAGGCACGCGGGCAAACUGAAGCAAAUCUACGGACUGGAAACUGGCUCCCAUUGGUUGAAGAAAACCAACCUGGGAGGUAUCAAUGACAGCCCUGACGCAACAGACGCCGACCCUCGCGAAAUGUGGGAAGCGCAAGAUCACGAUGAGGAGUUCUUCGCCGAUAAUGGCACCGCUCUUGACGAUGGCCAGAUUGUUACAAUCUGGGCCGAAGACAAAAGUCUACUUCCCAAUUGGGACCUACUCGCUAUCCAGUGGCUAGCUUCCCGUCUUCAUAGACUUUGGGGAGGUGCUGAUCUCCAUCUAUACGCCCCUCAAGAGGAGCAGGACGAGGAUACAGGUGGACGGCGACAAAUGGAUUGA